AUGCGUUUUGUUGAUGGAUCUACCCGAGAACCAAGUGCAGGAACUGAUCUGCACAGAGCUUGGUCUAGGGCCAACAACAUGGUCAUUUCUUGGUUAUUAAACUCUUUAUCUAGGGAAAUUUCAGAAAGUGUCUUAUACUAUUCUACUUCUAAAGAUAUUUGGGCAGAAUUGGAGGCAAGAUUUGGCCAAAGCUCAGGUGCUAGGCUUUUUCAACUCCAAAAGGAGCUUAGUGACCUUACUCAAGGUGCAUCUGAUAUUGCAACCUAUUUUACCAAGAUGAAACGACUCUGGGAUGAGUUGGAUACCUUGGAUUCUUUUUCACCAUGUCUUUGUGAAUGUUCAUGUGGAGCAAAAGAAAAAAAUAUCAAGUUUAAGCAAGAUGAAAGAUUACUUAAAUUUCUAAUGGGUUUAAAUGAUACUUCUUUUGUGGUGCAAGAGGAAACAUUCUAA